AUGAUUUCAUGGGACGACCAUUUUGACCAAGACCCAUUCAUCGCACACCUCGACACAACCCAACAUCAUCCAGGUCCAGUAGAGACAACACAUGAUUCUCCAACAAGCACACGCGGAAGGAGCUCGUCCCUUUCACCAGUCCCGGAUCCUUCCCCUCAGCCUCAGGAAAAGGAGGCGCCACUGCAAAUCCCCGUAAGGGAGGAGGAAGAGGAAGACGAGAACGAGAACGAGGCAGUGCCAACCGCAAUCAACGAGGCAUCACGUCUCUCAACGCCCCUCAGCGAACUUUCCCCCCCUCCAGACCAGGACGAAGCACCAGACGGAGACACGCAGAAGCCAUCAUCACCCCCAAAGCCAGAGGUCUCUGCAGACACUAAUGACACGCAAUCCACUACAACUGACGGGAGCAAGUCAGAGGCAACAAAAGAGGAUCCCGGUGACGGUUCUUCAAAUACUUCUCAGCCGGCGCUUACUGCACCGGGUGUAUCAUCAUCAUCGUCACUACCGCAGCCAAUUCAAACACCUGCCAUUCAGGAACCCUCUGAUCAAACCAGCCCUAGUAGCAGCCCAGCAUCUCCAGAAAAGGCUGGUCCAUCCAUGCCGUCACACUCGCCAACCAAUAUCAACGGCACAUCACUAUCACCUACCUCGACAUCAUCCACGCCAAACUUCAUACAACAAGCUCAAGACGCCGCGCUGUUGAACCCGAGUCCCGGUGACCCAAAGGUGGAAUUGGUGUUGGAAUUGAAUCUAGAGUUGCUAAAAAUUUUAAUAGCGCUUCAAGGCAAGGGAGUUUUGCCCUCUGACGCCCGUUUUCAGCAAUACGCACAACGUAUUCAAUCCAACCUUGGCUGGAUGGCGUCAUCUGCAGACUAUCACAGGUUGGGGGGUCAAAUCGUACAAGCACAAACAUCACAGGGAAAACAUUCAAAGGGCCCCAUCCACCCAAUAAUCGAACCACCUGCUUUCAUAGAAUAUGGGUCGGAUCGCAUCCAGCAGAUAUACUUCGAGCUCCCCAAGACUUUUUCCAAAGAGAUCAACCUUCGUCAACAACUUGCUGCCAACGUCGCCGUCCCUGCGAAUACCCUACACUCCAUGGUCCCUGGCAAUCUCAAACGCGAUCGGUCAGACGAACCAAUAAGCGAGGUGAUGAGCAGUAAGAGGAGAGACACGGGUGAGGGCAAACUGCGGCCACCCUCGGUAUCUCCUUUGUCACAUUCUGCUUCAGGCAUGAUGCCCCCUCCGUCGUCAAUACCGCAGCAGCAGCAGCAGCAGUUGAACCCAACGCAUGGCGUAACCCUACCCGUAGCCACUCAUUUCUCCCUCCCCAUGUCCACGAGCAACACGAAUGGCGUCUCUGGGAACAUGAUACCCCCACAACUCCAGCAACAGCAGGGAGGAGGAGGAGGAAUGGGAAUAGACCCGUCGGUGGGAAUGAUGAACACGGAUAUACAGAGAGCAGCUGUCCGAGAGCGAGAGCGACAACAACAAAUACGUUUAGCCCAACUGGCAUCACGACAACUCUCACCCCAAUCCUCGCAGCCUCAACCAGGGUCAAUACCAAACGUGAGCGCGAACGCCGCUGCUGGGCCGUCAAGUGUUGGUGGCGGAGGCGGUGGUGGUGGGGAUUUACCACCGACAAUAGCAGCAUUGCCUCAGCCCAUGCAACAGGCCUAUCGGAUCCUCAAUACCCCCAACCACCCAUACAUAAAAUAUAUGAUGCAAAAUCUUCCAGGGUUCCACACGAUGCCUUUGCAGCUGCAGUUGAACAAGAUGGUUUCAUUUCAGACGCGGCUCCAACAACAAAGAGAGCAAACCCAUAGGGAACAGAUGGCCCGUGCUAUGGCAAGUGGUGGUGCUGGUGGUGCUGGGCGAGGAGGGAUGAUUCAGCAACAGCAAUUAGGAGACAACAUGGCGGUGCAGCAAGGUACACAGUUCCCCGUGACACCCGCUUCACCCGUGCAUGCGUCCCAAAAUCCGAUGUUUUCUGGCCAGGGAGGCGGUGGAGUAGGGGGAAUGGACCCAAGGAUGGCAGGAAUAAAUAUGAACAAUCUAAAUCCGCAACAACGGCAUAUGCUCUUGAUGCAGCAGCAACAACAUCAACAACGGAAUAAUUCUGGUGGUGGUGGUGGUGGUGGAAGCCAAGGAGGGAUGAACUUGAACAACCCCCAAAUGAACAUGAACCCCAUGCAGAUGAACCAGGCGAAUGUGAACCCCCAACUCGCUGCGUUCCAAGAACAACAGCGGAUCCGAAUGGCACAAGAACGUAUGGCCCUCGCAGGUGCUGGUAAUCCCGCUGGAGGUAUAUCGCCCACCUCCCCCGACCCUGGUGCUUUCCGCUCGAAAAGCACGAUACCGGGUAUAGCACGGAGUGCUCGGUCGCCUACUGAUGCUUCUACGUCCAUUUCCCCGGUGCAUAACCAGAGUCAGACAUCGAGAGGAGGGAAUAUGGGGAUGACGCAGGAGGAUUAUCAGAGGAUGAUGAUGCAGCAGCAGCAGGGACAGGCGCGGGCUAUGGCGCAGAGUCCGGCGUUUGGACAGCAGGGAUGGGGGCAGCAGCAACAGCAGCAGCAGCAGGAAAGGCAGCAACAGCUGCAGCUGCAGCAACAACAGCAAUUCGGGAUGUCACCACCAGGAAGCGCAGUUGGUGCGCCUUCGCCACCGAAUAGUCAAAACUGGAAUGGCGCGCAGUACCCGUUUUCUUCGUCGUCUCCUAUAGGUGGUGGUGGUGGUGGUCUUGGGGAAAUGCAGCAGAUCCGACAUUUGAGUGCCACCCCUGCGCCACAACAACAGCAACGGCAGAUGACGCCGCAAAAUACAAGCCCGCCUACGACUGAAAACGAAGCGGAUUGGUUUAAUUGGCACUCCUCUUCGCGCCCAGAAAUCUUUGCUGCUUCAAGCGCUAACAGCCAGGAUGUAUCGGGGGUAGCUGCGUCGGCUGUUCACCGCGCCAUGGCGAAUAACCCAGAAGCGACGGCUAAAAUUGUUUCCGCCGGAUUGAGGCACGCUGCAGGUCAGACUAAGCCGCCUGGGGGUGUCGCCGGAGGUGCUGGCGCUGGUGGUGCUAACGCGUCAUCGGAGAACGACGUGAGCGGCUUUGCAGGCCGGGUGGCAGCUGCCUCUAUGGCGUUCUCGAAUCGACACAAUCCCUCCCCAAGUUCCUCCUCAACAAGCCCGCCUCCUAUCGCUGAGAAACCGCCGUCCUUCUCUUCUGUCCGGCAAAAAUUCGGAGAGGUCGACACAUCGUCUCCAAAGAACAUAUUUGGCUCACUACGCGGUUCCACCGCUGCCUCCAAAACGACUUCUCCCCCUCCCCCUCAAGCACCAGCACCCGCAUUUACAGCACGGCAGAACAAUAGCAAUUUUGGGCCGCCACCGACCAGGCAUAAUCCGCCGCCACCACCACCUUCGAGACAACAGCCAGAGGAAGAAGAGGAAGAGGAGGAAGAGCAGCAAGGGGAAUGGGCGAAUGUCUUGUAUGAUUAUGAUUCAGGGGAAGCAGGGGAUCUUGUCAUCAAGGAAGGGCAGCGAGUGCUCGUUACGGAGAGAACGUCGGAUGAUUGGUGGACCGGAGAACUUAACGGGAAGAAGGGCCUGUUCCCGGCGUCAUAUGUCGAACCGCUUUAA